CGUAGCCGGAAAUUCCGUAAAUAUCGCGAUUCGCGAUCGGUCGCAUCUCUAACCUCGAAAAAAAAACGCGAGGAAAACACUCCUCGGCGAGGCUGACGAGUUCGUUCGCUUGACGCGGCACACAACUUGGGCGAGAAAUGCGAGAUGUAUCCCGCGAACCACAAGACGAUAUUCGUGCUGGAUCACACCCCGUACUUCGGCAUCUCCACCGAGUGCCCGCUGGAGUUCGACUUUCUCAAGAGCAGGGGACAGAACCUGAUCCCGCUGGCGCCGGUCUGCAAGUCCCUGUGGACCACCAGCGUCGAGGCGUCGCUGGAGUACUGCCGCAUCGCCUGGGACCUCUUCCCCGCGGGCAAACUGAUCAGAUUUGUCGUGACCGACCGCGCAGCUUACGUGCUCAACUCAUGGAGCCCGUUGCAGCAGAAUUUGAAUCAUAUAAUGAAUGGCACUGCCAUUUUAGGAGUGCCGACGAAGACGCCGGAACCUGGGGAGGACUAUUCGGUGAUACACGGCCUGCGCGUGGCAAUCGAGACGCUGAACGAGUGCUCCGAGAUACAGCACGAGAAGAGGACCUCGCUGAACGAGAACACCAGCAAGCUGAUAAACCGAGGCAGGGUAAUAUGCAUCACAAGCGCGCGUGACAACAGCAACAUGAAGAGCUUGGAGAAUAUAUUUUUGAACGAACUGGCCCAGGAGAACAAGAAUGCGCUCGCCUCGGAUCAUUUGAUUCCCGUUGAUUAUUGCCAUUUGGUUAUACUGAACAUAUAUCCCAACAACAUCGAGUCUCAAGUCACUAGUCAAGGUCCUCGAGAGGUAUCACCGUUUCUUACAGUGGAAGUGCAUUCGAUCAAGGCUUCGGCGCUUCAUUCCAAGUUAUCCCAUCUGAUUUUGUCUCACUACGACUUGGCCAGCACCACAGUAACGGGUAUACCCAUGAAAGAGGAGCAGAACGCCAGCUCGUCUGCCAAUUACGAUGUGGAGAUAUUUCAUUCCUCUGCCGCGCACACUGCGAUUUUAAAAGGUAAUCCGCAAGAUUCAGCACUGAUCAAGACAUUCAGGCGCUUCGAAGAAGGAUCGGAAUACGAGACGGUCACGUUGAAGUGGUGCACGCCGCGCGGCUGCAGCGCGUCAGAGAUGCAAAACUGCACGGCGAUGCACCGAAUCACACCAGUGGACGUCAAUAGCAGGCCGUCUUCUUGUUUGAUUAAUUUUCUGCUGAAUGGCAGAUCGGUGAUGCUGGAGAUGGCCAGGAAGGCCGGUGGGAAGACUAUCUCCCAUCUGUUAGCGGCGCACGGCGGCGAGAUUUUCAUUCACACGUUAUCGACUGCACGAAGCGUCCUGGAGGAUCCACCUUCCAUCAGCGAAGGAUGCGGUGGACGUGUCACGGAUUAUAGAAUAACCGAUUUCGGUGUCCUCAUACGAAAUAACAUACUGGUUCCAUUAAAACGUGCUUCAAAUUCUAAUACCGACGGACUAGUAGAAAAAAUGAGAUCACGACUGGAACGUCACACCAAAUAUUGGCCCAUGACUAUUUCCAGCACUCUCAUGCUUAAUUUAAAACAGGUGAUAGAUCCACUUCCAGAAUUAAUGGUGAAGGCGGAGCUCACCACAGAAGAGGUGCUCCAGUGCAAGCAAGUGAUUUUUAAUGUGCUGAACCUAGAGGCGAAACAUGAGACUUUACCUCUGCCAAGUAUCGGGGGAGGUCGCGGCGGAAAAGGAGGAGUACGCAGAGAAGAACAUUAUCGUUUGCUGUGGGAUGAGAUAGAAACGUUUCUUAAGCACCACGCCAACAACUCGGCCGCACAUACUGAAGUCCUUAAUUGUUUAUUGGAGAUCAGGAAUAAAGAUGAAAAGGAUAAGGUGGAACUCGAUCAAGCUCUGCGGGAAUUGGAUAGCUUCGGCAAGGAGGACGGGACUGCUAGAGUCAGCGUGAUUAGAGCAACAACGGACUCGCCGAUGUCACCGCCGGCAAGCGUGUCAAUACCUCUGACCAAACAGCUACACAAAGGCAACAUUACCGUGUCGAGGAGUCUGUUGGACAUCUGGUUGCAGCGCAGCGCCCCAAAGGACAGAAAACCGGAUUUCCACGGCAGAGUCAGUAGCGACGGACUUAAAGCGAAGCUGUAUCCCAAUUUAAAGGAAACUGGACGAGAACCCAGAGAGACCAUGCUGGAGGGAUAACGGACGGAAGAGACGGAGCAGAGUGCCGUGUAGAGACGCCAUAUGUGACAUUGUAAAUAUAAUCGCAUUGAACAUAUUAAUAGGUUUAUUCAAUCAUUCGUAACUGUACAGAAUGUGUUUGACAAGUUAAAGCUACAUUAAAAAGAUGUCAAUAAUUAUACAUUUCUUGCGUUAAAAGCAAGUGUAUAUAUAUUUCUGAUUUAGUUUAUCGUGUCGACAAUCUUGAAAUAAUAAUACAUAAUUUAUAAGAUUUAUAAUUCUUAAUUAUUUGAAGGAGGAGAAAUAAUUUUAUAGUUUUUUAAAUAUCCUCAUUAACAAUGUAAUAAGAUUUAUCUAAAUAAUUCAUAAUUCCACAAAAUCUUGUAUUCCAUACAGAAUUGACGUUUACAAAAAUUAAAUAAUGAAUCUUGAACAAAAA